AAACGUAGCGGCGUGGUAAAAAAACCCAAAAAAAACAAAAAAAGCACUUGGAGAGCCAGGAUGUCGGCCUCUCAGGGGAUGAAGCGCAGCAGUGUCUACAACUACUUGCUCAACAUGGUGGCCUAUCAGAUAUGUUGCUGCUGUGGGCCUGCUCCGUGCUCGCUAUGCUGUGCGUUCUGCCCACCGGUCAAGUCCUCGUCCAGCACGCGGGUCAUGUACACCCUUUUCCACAUCAUGGCCUGUGCCGUCUCCUGCCUCAUGCUGUCCCGCAAUGUCUCCGAGCUCGUCAGGGAAAAUGUGCCUUUCUUUAACAUGGUGUGUGACCAGGCACACGGCGGAGGUCACUGUGAGAUGCUGGUGGGCUACUCGGCGGUCUACAGAGUCUGCUUCGGGACCGCCUGCUUCUACCUGAUGAUGGCGCUCUUUCUCAUUGAUGUUAAGUCCAGCCAGGACUUCAGAGCUCUCAUACACAAUGGGUUUUGGUUUCUGAAGUUCAUCACCCUUCUUGGAAUGUGCACUGCUGCCUUCUUCAUCCCCACUGAGUCCUUCCUGCAUGCUUGGCAUUAUGUAGGUGUGGUAGGAGGGUUUGCCUUCAUCCUCAUCCAACUCAUCCUCAUCACAGCUUUUGCGCACACCUGGAAUAAGAACUGGCUGACUGGAGCAGCAGAGAACAAGCGCUGGUACCUGGCAGUGAUGUGUGCCACCCUAUUUUUCUACACCAUCGCCACCAUGGCUUUCACCUUCAUGUACAAAUACUACACCCACCCCAUUGCCUGUGAGUUCAACAAGGCCCUGCUGUGGACCAAUCUGGGGCUCUGUGGGAUCAUGUCCUUCAUCGCUGUCACACCCUGUGUACAGCAGAAACAACCUCGCUCAGGGCUCCUCCAGGCCUCGAUCAUCAGCUGUUACGUCAUGUACCUUACCUUCUCAGCUCUUUCUAGCCGGCCGCCAGAGAAAGUGGUGUACCAGGGGAUGAAUAUGACCGUCUGUUUCCCUAAUGUUGGCCAGGAUGACAUCCAGAAUGAGGGCAACGCUGUGGCUAUCAUUGGUGCUGCCAUCAUGUACUGCUGUGUGCUAUUCGCAUGUAAUGAAGCGUCCUACCUGGCGGAAGUGUUUGGCCCAUUUUGGAUGAUCAAAGUUUACCGUUAUGAGUUCCAGAAAGCCUCAUGCUGCUUCUGCUGCCCUGAGGAAGAGGAAGAAGAAGAGUUUGUGAUCGAUGACGAACAUAAAGGGUGUCAGAAGGUGAUCCAUAACGAGAACCACAGAGUGGCUUACAGCUACUUCUUCUUCCAUUUUGUCUUCUUCUUGGCUUCACUCUAUGUCAUGAUGACCCUCACCAACUGGUUCAGCUACGAAUCCGCCGUGCUGGAAACCACUUUCACCCACGGCAGCUGGUCUACCUUCUGGGUGAAGAUGUCUUCAUGCUGGGCCUGUGUGGUCCUGUAUCUGUGGCUGCUGCUGGGGCCCCUGUGCCGAUGUCAGGCAGACUCUAGACCCCGCCGCUCGCGCAUUAAACGGCGCGCGGCCUCCUCACGCCACGUCACUGUCAGCGUCUGACCCUGUCAUGGGAAGACGUCAUGGGAGGAGAGGGACAGAGGAUGGGGGGAGAAUUAAAGUCAGAUGCCUCCAGCUGUCCUUAUGGUGCCCCAUAGGAGGGGAUUUCUUUGGAGGAAGGGAGGUCACUUCCUGAAAAAGGGUCAAAGACUCUCAUGCCUGUGAGAGCGAAUGGUGACCAGACCAAUCAAAACACUCAACUCUAAGUGACUUCGUUCUGUUGAUGCCGGAAUAAACGAACAAUGUUCCUGUCAUCAAAGAGCUGAAACCAGAACUCAAAACCACUGACGAUGGCUAGAUUGUGGUUUGGAGAUGCGCUUUCAUUUUGCC